UACUCAGUAAAGAGUUUUUAACUUGGAUCGCUCUCUGAGGAUUCUUUCACUUUGAGACAUUUUUAAAGGUGGAAUAAAAUGUGCAAAGUGUCAACUAUGGCUUCACAAAUGUUUGGACCUUACACAUAUACAGACCAAUAUUUAAAUAUUUUUCAUGAGAAAUUUACUGAACAUAAAGUUGUAUCACAGGUUAAUGCUUUGGGGAACACCCAGGCCUGACACAUCACACAUCAAAAUAACCUUUGUUUCAAGUACAGGAAGAGAGCAAGCACAGAGCAGGCUGAAUUCUUUGCAUGCAUUCAUAUUGUUAGAUCAUAUCUGUGAUGUUGCUGACAAAAUGAAGAUAUUUUCAAUUAUUGCUGCAGCAUAUUGUUUUCUUUUGGCAGUGAAUGGAACAAGCAUAAGCGCCAAAGGAUCAGAAGGUGGUACAGUCUCAUUUCGGAGUUUCCAUAAGUUUGCCCAGGACAACCUGAAGUACUUUUGCAUAGAUCCAUGUACGUCUGAAAAACAUGUACUAGCCAAGGUAACACCAAGAAGAUCCAUAGUAUCUGACAGGAUCACCCUGUUGGACCAUGGAGACGGGUCCUUCACAGUGACCCUGUCCAAUCUGAGGAGGUCUGACAGUGGGAAGUACUGGUGCGGUGUGGACCGCUUUGUGGAUACAUUUACUCCAGUGUAUCUGCAGGUUACUGAAGGUAUGUCAUAUAACGCUACCACAAGUAUUGAAACUACUGCAAUAACUGAAGUUGCAAGCACUUUUGGAUUCAUCAUUAACUCAACAGAAGAGACAUUUCAGGCAAACUGCAGUAUGAACUAUUCACAAGGCCACAAAACGGAAGAGACAACCACAACAAGAACUCUUCAACAAGAAAAAGAGAAACUCUCACGUUUCGUACUGUACUUGAUCAUGGGAGCAGUUGCCGUGCUUACAGUUACCAUAAUUGGGGCGUUGUGCUUCAGGAAGUUAAGACCUCAAGUGAAAGUGUGCUCUGUUUUUAUGCACCCUAUCAGCUCUGAUUUGAACCAGGUUCACAAUGACAACAGGACUGAUGCAGGCAACACUAAACAUGAGCCAGCAAACCAGCCCAUCUAUGAAAACAUAAACCCCUCCAAACCAAUGAGAAACACAACAAUAUCUCGCCAUGAUCAUUUUCCAUCGUAUGUCCAGCCAUUACCAGCUCUACCAGAAAAAGACUCUGUUCAAAUAUGUGGAGCUAAUACAGAAACAUGUGCUACAUCUAAACAGUCAUCACUUUGGUUUGGGUUGAUUUCUCCAGAAACAUGAUAUUUGUUAA